AUGGUUGUUACUGGAUCUGAGAUGAAAGGAGAGGUCAGCGACGUUGCAGCCGCUCCCAAACACAGCAUGGGAAACGCUUGGCCUGCCUUAUCCACCCCUGACAGUCUUCAGCGGAAAUGUCUCUGCAUCUUGGAUAGAAACGCUUGGCCUGCCUUAUCCACCCCUGACAGUCUUCAGCUGAAAUGUCUCUGCAUCUUGGAUAGAAACGCUUGGCCUGCCUUAUCCACCCCUGACAGUCUUCAGCUGAAAUGUCUCUGCAUCUUGGAUAGAAACGCUUGGCCUGCCUUAUCCACCCCUGACAGUCUUCAGCUGAAAUGUCUCUGCAUCUUGGAUAGAAAUGCUUGGCCUGCCUUAUCCACCCCUGACAGUCUUCAGCUGAAAUGUCUCUGCAUCUUGGAUAGAAACGCUUGGCCUGCCUUAUCCACCCCUGACAGUCUUCAGCUGAAAUGUCUCUGCAUCUUGGAUAGAAACGCUUGGCCUGCCUUAUCCACCCCUGACAGUCUUCAGCUGAAAUGUCUCUGCACCUUGGAUAGAAACGCUUGGCCUGCCUUAUCCACCCCUGACAGUCUUCAGCUGAAAUGUCUCUGCACCUUGGAUAGAAACGCUUGGCCUGCCUUAUCCACCCCUGACAGUCUUCAGCUGAAAUGUCUCUGCACCUUGGAUAGAAACGCUUGGCCUGCCUUAUCCACCCCUGACAGUCUUCAGCUGAAAUGUCUCUGCAUCUUGGAUAGAAACGCUUGGCCUGCCUUAUCCACCCCUGACAGUCUUCAGCUGAAAUGUCUCUGCAUCUUGGAUAGAAAUGCUUGGCCUGCCUUAUCCACCCCUGACAGUCUUCAGCUGAAAUGUCUCUGCAUCUUGGAUAGAAACGCUUGGCCUGCCUUAUCCACCCCUGACAGUCUUCAGCUGAAAUGUCUCUGCAUCUUGGAUAGAAACGCUUGGCCUGCCUUAUCCACCCCUGACAGUCUUCAGCUGAAAUGUCUCUGCACCUUGGAUAGAAACGCUUGGCCUGCCUUAUCCACCCCUGACAGUCUUCAGCUGAAAUGUCUCUGCAUCUUGGAUAGAAACGCUUGGCCUGCCUUAUCCACCCCUGACAGUCUUCAGCUGAAAUGUCUCUGCAUCUUGGAUAGAAACGCUUGGCCUGCCUUAUCCACCCCUGACAGUCUUCAGCUGAAAUGUCUCUGCACCUUGGAUAGAAACGCUUGGCCUGCCUUAUCCACCCCUGACAGUCUUCAGCUGAAAUGUCUCUGCAUCUUGGAUAGAAACGCUUGGCCUGCCUUAUCCACCCCUGACAGUCUUCAGCUGAAAUGUCUCUGCACCUUGGAUAGAAACGCUUGGCCUGCCUUAUCCACCCCUGACAGUCUUCAGCUGAAAUGUCUCUGCAUCUUGGAUAGAAACGCUUGGCCUGCCUUAUCCACCCCUGACAGUCUUCAGCUGAAAUGUCUCUGCAGACGGCAUCCAUUGCAUCCAGAAGGGACAUUUGGUCAUGUGACCGAUGAUCAUACACUUUCCACCUCCAGGCAGAAAAAAGGUUGGGGAACGCUGUUCUCUUUCUGCUUCUGGCACCAGUUGUUGGUGGAGGUCAUCUAAAAACAAAAGAAGGUGCUCAGUGUUGCAGGGUCCAAUCUGGCAUUUCUGCAGGACCAAACCAGCACUCGAGGUUGAAGCACACAUUGGGAUAUUUGCUCCUCUCUGACUCGGCACGUCAACAGUGGCCCUUUUUCCUAUGACGUUUCUUACUCGCCGAUGUGCUUUUGCCAGGUUAAACCCUGCCUCGUCUACAUACAUUAUUUCCUUAUGGGGUCUGAUUAGCCUCCACCUCCAUGACUCUCUGAAAGAAAUCAAACACAGCAUGUGUAAAUGCUUUUCAGUAUGUCCUACUGUAUGUACUGUAACCUAUGUUUACAUGUAGAGUAGCAUAGUGUAAAAGUCACUAUAGAACUAGACAUAUUGGAUAGACAUCAUACCUGGACGUAUUGGUGCCGGAGUUCCUUGACCCGCUCACUGUUCCUUUCAAAAGUGUGUAAAACUGUUUCAUUCCUACUCUGUGUUUGGUCAGAGUCUGAGCAAUGGUAGUCAGGCUGAUGCUUUCCACAUUUUUAAAUACCAGGUUGUACCAAAAAAGUGUUAAACAAAUUAAAAUAUAUUUUAUAUUUGAGAUUCUUCAAAUAGCCACCCUUUGCCUUGAUGACAGGGCAAAGUAUUGACACGUUUUUUUGAA